AAAAGACAAGCUAUAGCUUGCUGCAUCGUAUUUCUGGGUGAAUUGAACCGGAAAUUGCAUCCAAAAUUAAAUUAUUUUGUUGAGAAUGGGAAAGACCAAAGCCAUAUUUAUCGGGACAAUGUUUCGGAUUGUGGUACUGUCUCUGGUGAUCUCCGUCGUUUAUGGCUCGAUUACCGCACCAAACUUUGCUGAUGGUCGAACCGUGAUCGUACAUCUAUUCGAAUGGAAAUGGACUGAUAUCGCCGACGAAUGUGAAAGAUUCAUUGGACCCCACAAGUUCGCCGGUGUGCAGGUUUCUCCACCGAGCGAGCACCUGAUAUUCUCCACUAACCCCUACAACCCUCCCUACCCGUACCCCUGGUGGGAGCGCUACCAGCCACUCAGCUACCAGCUCAACAGCAGGAGCGGAACAGCGGAGGAGUUCGCUGAUAUGGUGGCACGGUGUCUGGAUGUCGAUGUCCGCAUCUACGUCGACGCUGUCAUCAACCACAUGGCCGGCGGUAGCUAUGACUUCCCAGGCGUUCCUUUCACCGAGAAUGAUUUCAACGUCAAACUUGGACUGUGUCCGACCGAUGAUGGCGGUAUUCAUGAUAUCAACAAUACAGUCGAAAUGCGUUACUGUAAUUUGCUUGGUCUGAGUGACAUACACUAUGGGGAAUUGAACGACUACUAUGGACGAGACAAGAUUUUGGCCCAGUUAUAA